UCCCUGUGGGGUUAGAAUUCGAAUCUCUCGGGAAUCGCUCUUCGUUUGAUAAUUCUUCUCUCUUUUCUAUAUCGCUUUUCUGGUAUGUUCUGCUUCAUGUUGUACUCUUUUCUCCAAAACCCAUUGCAGAAACUCAUUGAACAGUGACAAAUAUAACAAUCAGCACCUCGUUAGCACCUAUUUAAAAUUUUGAUAUUGGAAUCAAUUGAUGGGUAGUCUGCACGAGGGUGGUAAUGGUUCCAAUCAGAAUUGUAGCGAGCAAGAAACUCAAACGAAAGUACUUGAUGUUAAUGUGACCAAGAACAUUGCACAAGAAGUUCACAAGUUGAAGUCCAAAGAACUUGUUCUGGAACGAAGGGUUAGCCCAAGACUUAAAAAUAUUCCCAAAGAUAAAAGACCUUAUUAUGGCAGUGAUUGCAGGAGGCAGUCAGUCUCUCUUAAGGAUUAUAGUAAUGAUAGGAAAAUGAAAUUGAAUUCUCUUAGCGAUAAUGGUCGCAAGAAAAAGGCUAAGGUUGAUUAUUCAAUCAAAGAUUGCCUAACAGAUGUGUCUAGAAAAGAUGUAGAAGAUAAAGGCACUAAAAGUGGCUCGGCAAUUAUUGAGCCUGCUGAUACAGAAAUUGUGGAUUUAGAGGAUGAAGCUUAUUUGAAAUGGACGGAUUAUGAGGCCUUUCUAGCUGAUACUAUUCAUCAAAAGGCCAUCAAUAGGGUGAAAGAGACAAUACGGAUUUUUAACAAGCACAGUCUUCACUUUGCUCAGGAAGAGAUGAAGAGAUGUGAGCAGGGAGAGGUCAAUGAUGAGCAAAUUGAUAAUGGAACAAGGAAUAAUGGAAGCCCACUUGCUGACAAUAAGCGAUCUAACUCGCGAACUGAUUUUAAGGCAAUUACUGAGAUGAAAAAUAAAAAGGAAGUCUUAUACCCUGAAAAGAUGAUUGGUCAUUUACCUGGUAUUGUUGUUGGGCAUCAAUUUACCUCUCGAACUGAAAUGGUAGCUAUUGGUUUUCAUGGUCAUUGGAUGAAUGGAAUUGAUUAUAUAUCAAAAUUUUCUGGAAAAUUGAAGCAGCGCUGUGGUUAUACUUGCCCAUUAGCAGUGGCAAUUGUGAUGUCUGGACAAUAUGAAGAUGAUGUUGAUUGCUUAAAUGAAGUUGUUUAUACAGGCCAAGGUGGAAAUGACUUGCAUGGUAGCAAGCAUCAAAUCAAAGAUCAAGUCAUGCAUCGUGGUAAUUUGGCUCUUAAGAAUAAUAUGGAGCAAUGUGUACCAGUUAGAGUCAUCCGUGGAUAUAAACUUGGUGCUAGUCGCAGCCGCGACCGCAAAGUGUACAUGUAUUGUGGCUUAUACAAGGUUGUGAAUCAUUGGGCUGAGAAAGGUAUUUCUGGACAUAAUGUUUUUAAAUAUCGUUUAAGGCGACUUCUAGGACAGCCCAAAGUUGACAUAGAUCAGGUUCAUUAUGAAAGAGAAAGAAAACCCGGUGUUUCUCCAAGAUUACCUGGCUUGGUAUGUGAGGACAUUUCUUAUGGUGAAGAAGAUAUACAUAUUCCUGUGACAAAUGUGAUCGAUUAUCCUCCAAUUGCACCUGCAGGGUUUAAAUAUACCAAAUUUGUUCAAGUUUCAAAAAAUAUUACUGUUCCCCCAAGUGCCUCUGGAUGCAGUUGCAAAGGACAAUGUACUAAUCAAAAGUCUUGUUCAUGUGCUCAACUUAAUGGCUCUGACUUUCCGUAUGUCUCCAGAGAUGGUGGGAGACUGAUUGAACCAAAGGAUGUGGUGUUCGAAUGUGGACCACAAUGUAGCUGCAGACCAAAUUGCACUAACCGUGUAUCUCAAAGGCAAUUAAAAUACCGACUCGAGGUCUAUCGUGUGGAGAACAAAGGAUGGGCUGUUAGGUCGUGGGACUUUAUUCCUUCUGGUGCUCCAGUGUGUGAAUAUGCUGGAAUUCUUAGAAGGAAUGAUGAGUUGGAUAAUGUCUCUGAGAAUGACUAUAUAUUUGACAUUGAUUGCUGGCACACAAUGAAUGGAAUUGGUGGAAGAGAGAAGCGACAAGGCGAUGGAUCUGCACCUACAAGUGAUCUUGCAGAGAAAGAAGACGAUAAGAUGACAGAAAGCGAGUCUGAGUUUUGCAUAGAUGCAGGUUCCUGUGGUAAUGUUGCGAGAUUUAUUAAUCACAGCUGUGAACCUAAUCUAUUUGUCCAGUGUGUUUUAAGCUCCCACCAUGAUAUUAGAUUUGCUCGGGUAGUGCUUGUUGCUGCAGAUAACAUACCUCCUAUGCAGGAACUCACAUAUGACUAUGGCUAUGCACUUGAUAGUGUUAUUGGUCCUGAUGGGAAAAUAAAACAGGCACCAUGCUUCUGCGGCACAAGCGAAUGUCGGGGACGUUUGUAUUAGGCAGAUGAAGGCUUAUAAAUUUCAGACUGUAUCUUUAUUUCCAAAUGAGUUUUGUUCUUUCUUUCUUUGUUUUCCCCUCUGUGGAAGAAGCAACACCAGUGAUGAACAGUGUAUUUGAUGUAUUUUUUUUUUCUAAAAUCAGAUAUAGGUGUAGGAGUGCCUGCAUGAAAGUAUUGUUCACAUCUUUACCUUUGUAUAAGAAAGGUUGUACAGUAGAGAGUUUUACCUUGUUGAAAGCAAUCAUGAUUUCUUGAACCUGAUUUUAUUGAUUUCCAAUUCCAUGAUUGUUUCAUA